AUGAAGAUCUGUGGACUGACUGGAUCCAUAUUCGUUAACUACAGUGCUUGGAGGGAGUGCCAGUUGACCUGCCUCUCCCGCGACGACUCGUUCCCUUCGCACUGCAGAUCAGAUAGCGUGAAGGCUGGACUGGUGUCGCGGGGCACGGUAGUUGGUGGGCGGACUGCUAGGACCGGUACGGCUUUCGCGGAUGUGGCUUCUCCUUCGGACUGUGGGUUGUUAAUGUUGACUGAUGACCGCUUUGUCUACUGGAACUAUUUCAGCCAAGACAGUGUUUGCCGAACGUUUACGCAAGAUGAGUUUGAGGGUAUGUUGAGUCCCACUUUUGACGACUGUGACGGCGCGGUCAGGAGUGGGCUCGUCAGCGACAAUCCGUGCGUGGUCCAAGUUUCGGAAGCGUACGGCGGCCAUCGGUCUCUCUCAGCUGUGGACUCCGUUGGCCUCAGCGACCACCUGGAGGGGUCAUGGCUGCCCGUUGACCAGGAGAUCGGUGCUGACGGGGAGCAGGCCGCUGACCAAUGGGCAGUUGACGAAAAGAAGGCAGCCGCUGCUGACGAAUCAACAACCGACGAAUCAACAACCGGCGACGAAGAUUCCUCCUCUGGCACUGAGGGCUCUCAGACCGCCUAUUCUGACCCGACCACUGAUUAUACGACUGAAGACACGACUAAUGCUCCUGCCACGUUUACGACGUACGAGGAAACCAGUACCGCUACCGAAGGCUCGGGAUCUACUCACGACAACACAGGCACUGAAG